CUUCAUUCAUUUUCUUCAUUCCAUUCACGACGUUGCUAACAAGCGACAGGGUCGAAGUUUGUGAAUAAAAUAUUUGAGUUAUUUCAGUACUCAUCAAGUACUCAAUUUAUUUAAUUUACUGUUACUAAAGUAGUGUAAAAGUCGAUAUGUCUCGCUACCGAGAGUGGGACCUCUCUUGCAAGGUUUACGUGGGAAAUCUUGGCACAAAUGCAUCUAAAUAUGAAAUUGAGAAGGUAUUCUCUAAAUAUGGAAACAUCAGAAAUGUGUGGGUGGCGAGAAACCCGCCAGGAUUUGCUUUUGUGGAAUUUGAAGAUCCACGUGACGCUGAAGACUCCGUGCGUGGAUUGGAUGGCACUCGAUGCUGUGGCACUCGUAUCAGAGUAGAAAUGUCUAACGGCCGCACCAGAAGAGAUCGCAGAUACUCCAGGUCCAUUUUAUCAACCAACCACCAACACACCAACGACCUCACCACAUGUGUUCACCACAACUACGGCUCGUUAACCAAUCUGACAUCCGCGAACGCCGCUCGCAACAACAUCCCGCUCAACUUCUGCGAUCGGCUCUCCAAACUUCUGCGCGCAGCCGAAGUCUCCAACAUCUGCGUCCCUAUAACUUACCUCCUGACCGCCAUCACCUAGUCCCCAACCGUAAUCCGAACCUGGACUUGAAUAAAUGCAUUAUAGAGAGCCACACAGUAUAGGAACCUACAACUGUCCUGAAUGUCAUUGCAACUCCUAAUGCUUCACCGACUGCACACACUCGUCGUCACCGUGGCACCGAGCUAGAAUACAACCUAAGGCGAUCGACUUCCCCGUGUUACCGCAAUUUUUCUUGAAACUUCCAAUUAAUGCCACCGUUCGACGGAAGAUAACAUUGAAACGCCUCCGCCUCAGUAAUAUCCCUUCGGCCUCACAGCAGCCCCACAACGGUCGACCUUCGCAGGCUCACCAUUUCUCGGUACUUUUUAAAUCCUAUACUUAGAACCUUACCUUGCCUAAUACUUAGAAUUAGAGAAAAUCGUCGUGUUGGCGUUUAAGGUGUAGGUAACUAGGGUUUUGAGUAAUGUAGAUGUAAAUGUUAAAUGGGGCCCCAAAUAUAGCAAACUAAGACUAAAUUUUACAAGACUACACAUAUUGAGUUAUGUAAAUUGAACAAAGCGGUCAGUAAAUAAGUCAGUUUCUUUGUAAUGAGGGGAUAGAUGUAAAUUCAAUCGCCGUCUAAUUGAAUGUCCUUGAGGUGUAGAAGUUGCCAUGUGUUUCAUAGUGGAGAGACUGGGCUUGAAAUAAUGUGGGUAUGUUGAUAGAUCCCGCAGUCGCAGUCCGCGCCGACGCUCGUACUCGCGCGGCCGGUCCGGCUCUCCGCGCCGAUCGCCGUCGGUGCGCCGCCGCUCGCCAUCAGUACGUCGCUCACGGUCUCGCGACCGCCGCAGCCGCUCUGACAGCAAGAGCAGAUAGAUAAUGAACUACAUUGACAGUUGAAGAAGUUUUAAUUAAUUGGACAAAUAUUCUGUAAUAUAAGUGACGUGAAGUGAAUAGAGCGAUUGAGUGUAUGGAUUUGAAGUAGGUUGCAUACAAGUAUAUAUUUUCUCAUAUAAUGGUACAAGCAGCUUCAUCUUGUCGAUCGUAUGUAGUUACUUUAGUUUGCUUGUAAGGUUGUAUAUUUUUAUUUCUGUAGAUACCUUACAAAAGUUGUAUAAUUUUCUUGUUUAAGAAUCACCUAUAGUUUACAUACAAAAUAUUUUUAAGAUGACUAAAUAAAUGUGGGAUUUAAAAGUGAAA